GAACCCAGUGAGAGAGCAGGAGCAACAGGCUCCCUCCUUCUUGCUGUCGCUGCCGAGAUCGACGGUCGGGUCGCAGCUCCGUGAGCCCCUGCUGCAGGGAACAAGCAAGGGGACCUCCAGGGAGCUCAGGGCUGCCAAGACACGGUAGCUCUGCCCUGUCUUGAGAACUCCCCUCCCAAGAUCAGGGACAGAGCAGGUGCAGAGGCACUGCAGCCGCUUGUUGCCCAGCCUCCUGAGUGAUGCCAGCCCAAUGGUUCCUAAUCUCCAGACUGGCCUUCCUGGUACUGCUGGGCACAGUCAGAGCAGGCCCUUUCUCUCCACGGUCCAAUGUGACACUCCCAGCCCCACGCCCCCCUCCCCAGCCAGGAGGCCGCACAGUGGAGCCAAUAGGGGGAAGCCCCUCUUCUCGGCUUUAUGAGCACAAUGUAGAAGGAGGGGAGAAGCAGGUGGUGUUUACCCACCGCAUCAACCUGCCCCCUUCAUCUGGCUGUGGUUGUCCCCCGGGCACGGAGCCCCCAGUCCCUGCUUCAGAGGUGCAGGCCCUGAAGGUCCGGUUAGAGAUCCUGGAGGAGCUGGUGAAAGGCCUCAAGGAACAGUGCACUGGGACAUGUUGUCCUGCCGCUGCCCAGGCUGGCACAGGCCAGACAGACGUUCGUAGCCUCUGCAGUCUCCAUGGCGUGUUUGACCUGAGCCGCUGUGCCUGCUCCUGUGAACCAGGCUGGGGUGGGCCCACCUGCUCAGACCCUACAGGCGCUGGGGUGCCCCCAUCCUCCCCACCCUCAGGCUCCGGGUCCUGCCCAGAUGACUGCAACGAUCAGGGUCGCUGUGUCCGCGGGCGCUGCGUGUGCUUCCCUGGCUACAGCGGCCCCAGCUGCGGCUGGCCCUCCUGUCCCGGGGACUGCAACGGCCGCGGGCGCUGCGUGCAGGGCGUGUGCGUGUGCCGGGCUGGCUUCUCUGGCGACGACUGCAGCCUGCGCUCGUGCCCCCGGGGCUGCAGCCAGAGGGGGCGCUGCGAGGACGGGCGCUGCGUGUGCGACCCCGGCUACACUGGCGACGACUGUGGGAAGAGGAGCUGCCCUAGAGGUUGCAGCCAGAGGGGGCGCUGCGACAACGGACGCUGCGUGUGCGACCACGGCUACACCGGCGAGGACUGUGCGGUGAGGAGCUGCCCCCGGGGCUGCAGCCAGAGGGGCCGCUGCGAGGACGGGCGCUGCGUGUGCGACCCCGGCUACACCGGCGACGACUGCGGCUCGCGGAGCUGCCCGUGGGACUGUGGCGAGGGCGGGCGCUGCGUGGACGGCCGCUGUGUGUGCUGGCCUGGGUACGCGGGCGAGGACUGCGGCACCCGGACGUGCCCGCGAGACUGCCGGGGCCGCGGGCGCUGCGAGGACGGCGAAUGCAUCUGCGACGUAGGCUACAGUGGGGACGAUUGCGGAGUGCGCAGCUGCCCGGGCGACUGCAACCAAAGGGGCCGCUGCGAGGACGGCCGCUGCGUGUGCUGGCCGGGGUACACGGGGCCUGACUGUGGCUCACGCGCCUGCCCCCGCGACUGUCGGGGCCGCGGGCGCUGCGAGAACGGCGUGUGCGUGUGCAACGCGGGCUACAGCGGCGAGGACUGCGGGGUGCGCAGCUGUCCCGGGGACUGUCGCGGCCGGGGCCGUUGCGAGAGUGGCCGCUGCGUGUGUUGGUCCGGGUAUACAGGUCGAGACUGCGGCACGCGCGCCUGCCCCGGCGACUGUCGUGGGCGCGGCCGCUGCGUGGACGGCCGCUGCGUGUGCAACCCGGGCUUCUCGGGCGAGGACUGCGGGAGCCGUCGGUGCCCUGGGGACUGCCGCGGUCGCGGCCGCUGUGAGGACGGCGUGUGUGUGUGCAACGCGGGCUACGAGGGAGAGGACUGUGGCGUGCGCAGCUGCCCAGGAGGUUGCCACGGUCGCGGCCAGUGCCUGGACGGGCGCUGCGUGUGCGACGAUGGCUACUCAGGCGAGGACUGCAGCGUAAGGCGGUGCCCGCGCGACUGCAGCCAGCACGGCCUGUGCCAGGACGGUGUGUGCACCUGUUGGGAGGGCUACGCAGGCGAGGACUGUGGCCUUCGUACCUGCCCCUCCAACUGCCACCAGCGCGGCCGCUGUGAGGACGGGCGCUGCGUGUGCGACUCGGGCUACACUGGGCCCUCCUGUGCCACCCGCACCUGCCCGGCAGACUGCCGGGGCCGUGGGCGCUGUGUGCAGGGAGCGUGCGUGUGCCACGUGGGCUAUAGCGGCGAGGACUGUGGGCAGGAGGAGCCUCCCGCCAGCGCCUGCCCUGGGGGCUGUGGGCCCCGGGAACUGUGCCGUGCGGGCCAGUGUGUAUGCGUCGAGGGCUUCCGAGGACCGGACUGCGCCAUUCAGACGUGCCCCGGGGACUGCCGCGGCAGGGGAGAGUGUCGUGAGGGCAGCUGCGUCUGUCAAGAUGGCUAUGCAGGGGAGGACUGCGGGGAAGAGGUGCCAGCCAUCGAGGGCAUGAGGAUGCACCUCUUGGAGGAGACGACGGUUCGGACAGAGUGGACCCGGGCUCCUGGCACUGUGGAUGCCUAUGAAAUUCAGUUCAUUCCCACGACAGAGGGGGUGAGCCCCCCAUUCACAGCACGAGUACCCAGCUCUGCCUCAGCCUAUGACCAGAGAGGACUGGCUCCUGGCCAGGAGUACCAGGUCACUGUCCGUGCCCUUCGAGGGACUAACUGGGGCCCUCCUGCUUCCAAGACCAUCACCACCAUGAUCGACGGCCCCCAGGACCUCCGAGUGGUGGCUGUGACACCAACCACACUGGAGCUCAGCUGGCUGCAACCCCAGGCUGAGGUGGACCGAUUCGUGGUGUCCUAUGUCAGUGCCGGCAACCAGAGGGUGCGGCUGGAGGUACCCCCUGAGGCAGAUGGAACACUGCUGACCGACCUGAUGCCAGGCGUGGAAUAUGUAGUGACUGUCACUGCAGAGCGGGGCCGGGCAGUAAGCUACCCGGCUUCUGUCAGGGCCAACACAGGGUCCUCUCCCUCAGGCCUCUUGGCGGCCACGGAUGAGCCUCCCCCCUCAGGCCCUUCAACCACUCAAGGGGCCCGGGCCCCUGAACUACAGCAGCGCCCCCAGGAACUAGGAGAGUUGAGGGUGCUGGGCAAAGACAAGACAGGGCACCUCCGCGUCGCUUGGACUGCUCAGCCUGACACAUUUGCCCACUUCCAGCUGCGCCUCCGGGUGCCCGAGGGGCCAGGAGCACAUGAGGAACUACUGCCAGGGGACGUCCGCCAGGCUCUGGUGCCCUCACCACCUCCCGGCGUCCCCUAUGAGCUGUCGCUUCGUGGGGUCCCCCCGGAGGGCGAGUCCUCUGCCCCUCUUAUCUACCAAGGCAUUAUGGACAGGGAUGGGGCAAAGCCUGGGAAGCCCUUGGCCCCGCCACAUCUGGGCGAGCUGACAGUGACUGGCAUGGCCUCCAACUCCCUGCUCCUGCAAUGGACGGUCCCUGAGGGCGAGUUCGACUCCUUCGUGAUCCAGUACAAGGACAGGGACGGGCCCCAGGUUGUCCCUGUGGAGGGGUCCCAGCGCUCGGCCCUCAUCACCAACCUGGACCUUGGCCGCAAGUACAAAUUUGUGCUAUAUGGGCUCCUGGGCAAGAAGAGGCAUGGCCCCCUGGUGGCUGAAGCCAAGAUCUUGCCUCAGAGUGAUCCCAGCCCAGUGACUCCACCCCGCCUGGGAAAGCUGUGGGUGACAGAUCCCACCCCAGAUUCACUGCACCUCUCUUGGACUGUCCCUGAGGGCCAGUUUGACUCCUUCGUAGUCCAAUACAGGGACAGGAACGGACAGCCCCAGCUGGUGCCCGUGGAAGGGCCUGAGCGCUCGGUCAUUGUCUCCUCCCUGGACCCUGACCACAAGUACAGAUUCACUCUGUUUGGGAUUGCCAACAAGAAGCGGCACGGCCCCCUCACAGCUGAUGGCACCACAGCCUCAGAGAAGAGAGAGGAGCUCCUCCACCCAGAGUCCCCAGAGCGGCCCCUGCUGGGGGAACUGAUGGUGACUCAUGCGACCCCAGACUCCCUGCGCCUGUCCUGGACAGUGACCCAGGGCUCCUUCGACUCCUUCAUGGUCCAGUACAAGGACGCGCAGGGGCAGUCCCAGGCAGUGCCCGUCAGGGGUGAUGAGAAUGAGGUCACCAUUCCUGGUCUGGAGUCGCACCGGAAGUAUAAGAUGAACCUCUAUGGGCUUCAUGGCAGGCAGCGUGUGGGGCCUGUGUCUGUGGUGGCCGUCACAGCCCCCCAGGAGGUUGUGGAGGAGACACCCAGCCCCACCGAGGUGGAGGAGACCCCCAGCCCCACAGAGCCCAGCACGGAGGCCCCAGAGUCCCCCGAGGAGCCCCUGCUGGGGGAGCUGACAGUGACAGGAUCAUCCCCAGACUCGCUGAGCCUCUCGUGGACCGUCCCCCAGGGCCACUUCGACUCCUUCACUGUCCAGUACAAGGACAGAGACGGGCGGCCCCAGGUGGUGCGUGUUGGGGGUGAGGAGAGUGAGGUCACCAUCGGGGGCCUGGAGCCGGGGCGCAAGUACAAGAUGCACCUGUAUGGCCUGCACAGGGGGCAGCGCUGGGGCCCUGUGUCCACCGUGGGCGUGACUGCUCCACAACUGGAAGAGACUCCAGCCACGGAGCCCCCCCUGGAGCCACACCUGGGAGAGCUGACAGUGACAGAUGUGACCCCCAACUCCGUGGGCCUCGCAUGGACAGUCCCAGAGGGCCAGUUUGACUCCUUCAUGGUCCAGUACAAGGACAGGGACGGGCAGCCCCAGGUGGUGCCUGUGGCCUCAGACCAGCGUGAGGUCACCAUCCCCGGCCUGGAGCCUGCACGCAAAUACAAGAUGAACUUCUAUGGGCUACAUGGUGGCCAGCGUGUGGGCCCCCUCUCUGUGGUAGCUGUGACCGCUCCCCUCCCUCCAGCCCCAACCACAGAGUCCCCCCAGGAGCCACGCCUCGGGGAGCUGACAGUGACAGACCUGACCCAGGAUUCUGUGAGCCUCUCGUGGACGGUCCCUGAGGGUGAAUUCGACUCCUUUGUGGUCCAGUACAAGGACAGGGAUGGGCAGCCCCAGGUGGUGCCUGUGGUCGCAGACCAGCGCGAGGUCACCAUCCCUGGCCUGGAGCCCAGUAGGAAAUACAAGUUCCUGCUCUUUGGGAUUCAGGAUGGGAAAAGACGCAGCCCAGUUUCUGUGGAGGCAAAGACAGCUGCCCAAGGUGACGCCAGCCUUGGGGCCCCGCCCCGCCUUGGGGAGCUGUGGGUGACAGAUCCCACCCUGGACUCGCUGCGCCUCUCCUGGACAGUCCCCGAGGGCCACUUUGACUCCUUUGUCGUCCAGUUCAAGGACAGGGACGGGCCCCAAGUGGUGCCUGUGGAGGGCCAUGAGCGCUCAGUCACCAUCACCCCUCUGGACACUGGCCGCAAGUACAGAUUCCUCCUUUAUGGGCUCCUGGGCAAGAGGCGCCAUGGCCCCCUCACUGCCGAAGGCACCACAGAGAUCCGGAGUGUGGUGGAUGAUGCUAAAGCAAAGCAUCCCCUAAAGCCCCGUCUUGGGGAGGAGCUACAGGUCACCAGCGUGACCCCAGACUCUGUGAGCCUCUCGUGGACAGUCCCUGAGGGCCAGUUUGACUCCUUUGUGAUCCAGUACAAGGACAGAGACGGGCAGCCGCAGGUGGUGCCUGUGGAGGGCAGCCUCAGGGAGGUCCGCAUCCCGGGCCUGGACCCAAACCGCAGGUAUAAGCUCCUGCUGUACGGACUGCACCAGAGCAAACGUGUGGGUCCCAUCUCUGCCAUCGCCAUGACUGCCUCCAGAGAAGAUAUCGAAACCGAGGCCCUAGGUCCUCCAGGGCCUGAGCCCCGCCUAGGGGAGGUGACUGUGGAGGAAGCCACACCAGACACUUUGCAUCUCUCCUGGACAGUGAUGGAGGGAGAUUUUGACUCCUUUGAGGUCCAGUACACAGACAAAGAUGGGCAACUCCAAGUAGUCAAAGUAGAUGGUGACCGGAAUGACAUCAUCCUUACUGGCCUGGAAUCUGACCACAGAUACCUGGUGACCCUGUAUGGUUUCCAUGGCCAGCAGCGUGUGGGUCCUGCCCACAUUGAGGCCCUCACAGUCCCAAGGGAAGAGGAGGAUGAACCUUCAGAACCUCCCAUCAAGCCACAGCUGGGGCAGCUGGCAGUGACAGACGCCACCCCCGACUCCCUGCACCUCUCCUGGACUGUCCCCGAGGGCCAGUUUGACCACUUCCUGAUCCAGUACAAGAACGGGGAUGGGCAGCCCAAGGCGGUGAGGGUGCCAGGGAAUGAGGACCAGGUCACCAUCUCAGGCCUGGAGCCAGACCACAAGUACAAGAUGAACCUGUAUGGCUUCCACGGUGGCCAGCGCAUGGGCCCCGUCUCUGCCUUUGGGGUGACGGCUGCAGAGGAAGAGACCCCAACCUCUACUGAGGUGGAGGACACCCCCAGCCCCACAGAGCCCAGCACGGAGGCCCCAGAGUCCCCCGAGGAGCCCCUGCUGGGGGAGCUGACAGUGACAGGAUCGUCCCCAGACUCGCUGAGCCUCUCGUGGACCGUCCCCCAGGGCCACUUCGACUCCUUCACUGUCCAGUACAAGGACAGGGACGGGCGGCCCCAGGUGGUGCGUGUCGGGGGUGAGGAGAGUGAGGUCACCGUCGGGGGCCUGGAGCCGGGGCGCAAGUACAAGAUGCACCUGUAUGGCCUGCACAGGGGGCAGCGCUGGGGCCCUGUGUCCACUGUGGGCGUGACUGCUCCAGAAUAUGAAGCCAUGACCACCCAAGCCCCGUCCACCAUGGCCCUUGAGCCUCCCAUGAAGCCACGGCUGGGGCAGCUGGCAGUGACAGACGCCACCCCCGACUCCCUGCGCCUCUCCUGGACUGUCCCCGAGGGCCAGUUUGACCACUUCCUGGUCCAGUACAAGAACGGGGAUGGGCAGCCCAAGGCGGUGAGGGUGCCAGGGAAUGAGGACCAGGUCACCAUCUCAGGCCUGGAGCCAGACCACAAGUACAAGAUGAACCUGUAUGGCUUCCACGGUGGCCAGCGCAUGGGCCCCGUCUCUGCCUUUGGGGUGACGGCUGCAGAGGAAGAGACCCCAACCUCUACUGAGGUGGAGGACACCCCCAGCCCCACAGAGCCCAGCACGGAGGCCCCAGAGUACCCUGAGGAGCCCCUGCUGGGGGAGCUGACAGUGACAGGAUCGUCCCCAGACUCGCUGAGCCUCUCGUGGACCGUCCCCCAGGGCCACUUCGACUCCUUCACUGUCCAGUACAAGGACAGGGACGGGCGGCCCCAGGUGGUGCGUGUCGGGGGUGAGGAGAGUGAGGUCACCGUCGGGGGCCUGGAGCCGGGGCGCAAGUACAAGAUGCACCUGUAUGGCCUGCACAGGGGGCAGCGCUGGGGCCCCGUGUCCACUGUGGGUGUGACUGAUCCUGAAGGGGAGCCCCCUGCCAAUACCCUUCUGAAGCCACACUUGGGAGAGCUAGCAGUGACGGACGCCACCCCCGACUCCCUGCACCUCUCCUGGACUGUCCCCGAGGGCCAGUUUGACCACUUCCUGGUCCAGUACAAGAAUGGGGAUGGGCAGCCCAAGGCGGUGAGGGUGCCAGGGAAUGAGGACCAGGUCACCAUCUCAGGCCUGGAGCCAGACCACAAGUACAAGAUGAACCUGUAUGGCUUCCACGGUGGCCAGCGUGUGGGCCCCGUCUCCACUGUUGGCUUAACUGCCCCAGGAAAGGACCAAGAAAUGCCAGCGCCAACAGACUCACCCACCAUGACUCCCAAGCCUCCCAUCAGGCCACGGCUGGGGCAGUUGGCAGUGACAGACGCCACCCCCGACUCCCUGCACCUCUCCUGGACUGUCCCCGAGGGCCAGUUUGACCACUUCCUGGUCCAGUACAAGAACGGGGAUGGGCAGCCCAAGGCGGUGAGGGUGCCAGGGAAUGAGGACCAGGUCACCAUCUCAGGCCUGGAGCCAGACCACAAGUACAAGAUGAACCUGUAUGGCUUCCACGGUGGCCAGCGCAUGGGCCCUGUCUCUGCCUUUGGGGUGACGGCUGCAGAGGAAGAGACCCCAACCUCUACUGAGGUGGAGGACACCCCCAGCCCCACAGAGCCCAGCACGGAGGCCCCAGAGUCCCCCGAGGAGCCCCUGCUGGGGGAGCUGACAGUGACAGGAUCGUCCCCAGACUCGCUGAGCCUCUCGUGGACCGUCCCCCAGGGCCACUUCGACUCCUUCACUGUCCAGUACAAGGACAGGGAUGGGCGGCCCCAGGUGGUGCGUGUCGGGGGUGAGGAGAGUGAGGUCACCGUCGGGGGCCUGGAGCCGGGGCGCAAGUACAAGAUGCACCUGUAUGGCCUGCACAGGGGGCAGCGCUGGGGCCCUGUGUCCACUGUGGGCCUGACCGCCCCCCAGGAGGUUGUGGAGGAGACCCCCAGCCCCACAGAGCCCAGCACGGAGGCCCCAGAGUCCCCCGAGGAGCCCCUGCUGGGGGAGCUGACAGUGACAGGAUCGUCCCCAGACUCGCUGAGCCUCUCGUGGACCGUCCCCCAGGGCCACUUCGACUCCUUCACUGUCCAGUACAAGGACAGGGACGGGCGGCCCCAGGUGGUGCGUGUCGGGGGUGAGGAGAGUGAGGUCACCGUCGGGGGCCUGGAGCCGGGGCGCAAGUACAAGAUGCACCUGUAUGGCCUGCACAGGGGGCAGCGCUGGGGCCCUGUGUCCACUGUGGGCGUGACUGCUCCAGAAUAUGAAGCCAUGACCACCCAAGCCCCGUCCACCAUGGCCCUUGAGCCUCCCAUGAAGCCACGGCUGGGGCAGCUGGCAGUGACAGACGCCACCCCCGACUCCCUGCGCCUCUCCUGGACUGUCCCCGAGGGCCAGUUUGACCACUUCCUGGUCCAGUACAAGAACGGGGAUGGGCAGCCCAAGGCGGUGAGGGUGCCAGGGAAUGAGGACCAGGUCACCAUCUCAGGCCUGGAGCCAGACCACAAGUACAAGAUGAACCUGUAUGGCUUCCACGGUGGCCAGCGCAUGGGCCCCGUCUCUGCCUUUGGGGUGACGGCUGCAGAGGAAGAGACCCCAACCUCUACUGAGGUGGAGGACACCCCCAGCCCCACAGAGCCCAGCACGGAGGCCCCAGAGUCCCCCGAGGAGCCCCUGCUGGGGGAGCUGACAGUGACAGGAUCGUCCCCAGACUCGCUGAGCCUCUCGUGGACCGUCCCCCAGGGCCACUUCGACUCCUUCACUGUCCAGUACAAGGACAGGGACGGGCGGCCCCAGGUGGUGCGUGUCGGGGGUGAGGAGAGUGAGGUCACCGUCGGGGGCCUGGAGCCGGGGCGCAAGUACAAGAUGCACCUGUAUGGCCUGCACAGGGGGCAGCGCUGGGGCCCUGUGUCCACUGUGGGCGUGACUGCUCCAGAAUAUGAAGCCAUGACCACCCAAGCCCCGUCCACCAUGGCCCUUGAGCCUCCCAUGAAGCCACGGCUGGGGCAGCUGGCAGUGACAGACGCCACCCCCGACUCCCUGCGCCUCUCCUGGACUGUCCCCGAGGGCCAGUUUGACCACUUCCUGGUCCAGUACAAGAACGGGGAUGGGCAGCCCAAGGCGGUGAGGGUGCCAGGGAAUGAGGACCAGGUCACCAUCUCAGGCCUGGAGCCAGACCACAAGUACAAGAUGAACCUGUAUGGCUUCCACGGUGGCCAGCGCAUGGGCCCCGUCUCUGCCUUUGGGGUGACGGCUGCAGAGGAAGAGACCCCAACCUCUACUGAGGUGGAGGACACCCCCAGCCCCACAGAGCCCAGCACGGAGGCCCCAGAGUCCCCCGAGGAGCCCCUGCUGGGGGAGCUGACAGUGACAGGAUCGUCCCCAGACUCGCUGAGCCUCUCGUGGACCGUCCCCCAGGGCCACUUCGACUCCUUCACUGUCCAGUACAAGGACAGGGACGGGCGGCCCCAGGUGGUGCGUGUCGGGGGUGAGGAGAGUGAGGUCACCGUCGGGGGCCUGGAGCCGGGGCGCAAGUACAAGAUGCACCUGUAUGGCCUGCACAGGGGGCAGCGCUGGGGCCCCGUGUCCACUGUGGGUGUGACUGAUCCUGAAGGGGAGCCCCCUGCCAAUACCCUUCUGAAGCCACACUUGGGAGAGCUAGCAGUGACGGACGCCACCCCCGACUCCCUGCACCUCUCCUGGACUGUCCCCGAGGGCCAGUUUGACCACUUCCUGGUCCAGUACAAGAAUGGGGAUGGGCAGCCCAAGGCUGUGAGGGUGCCAGGGAAUGAGGACCAGGUCACCAUCUCAGGCCUGGAGCCAGACCACAAGUACAAGAUGAACCUGUAUGGCUUCCACGGUGGCCAGCGUGUGGGCCCCGUCUCCACUGUUGGCUUAACUGCCCCAGGAAAGGACCAAGAAAUGCCAGCGCCAACAGACUCACCCACCAUGACUCCCAAGCCUCCCAUCAGGCCACGGCUGGGGCAGUUGGCAGUGACAGACGCCACCCCCGACUCCCUGCACCUCUCCUGGACUGUCCCCGAGGGCCAGUUUGACCACUUCCUGGUCCAGUACAAGAACGGGGAUGGGCAGCCCAAGGCGGUGAGGGUGCCAGGGAAUGAGGACCAGGUCACCAUCUCAGGCCUGGAGCCAGACCACAAGUACAAGAUGAACCUGUAUGGCUUCCACGGUGGCCAGCGCAUGGGCCCUGUCUCUGCCUUUGGGGUGACGGCUGCAGAGGAAGAGACCCCAACCUCUACUGAGGUGGAGGACACCCCCAGCCCCACAGAGCCCAGCACGGAGGCCCCAGAGUCCCCCGAGGAGCCCCUGCUGGGGGAGCUGACAGUGACAGGAUCGUCCCCAGACUCGCUGAGCCUCUCGUGGACCGUCCCCCAGGGCCACUUCGACUCCUUCACUGUCCAGUACAAGGACAGGGAUGGGCGGCCCAUGGUGCGUGUCGGGGGUGAGGAGAGUGAGGUCACCGUCGGGGGCCUGGAGCCGGGGCGCAAGUACAAGAUGCACCUGUAUGGCCUGCACAGGGGGCAGCGCUGGGGCCCUGUGUCCACUGUGGGCCUGACCGCCCCCCAGGAGGUUGUGGAGGAGACCCCCAGCCCCACAGAGCCCAGCACGGAGGCCCCAGAGUCCCCCGAGGAGCCCCUGCUGGGGGAGCUGACAGUGACAGGAUCGUCCCCAGACUCGCUGAGCCUCUCGUGGACCGUCCCCCAGGGCCACUUCGACUCCUUCACUGUCCAGUACAAGGACAGGGACGGGCGGCCCCAGGUGGUGCGUGUCGGGGGUGAGGAGAGUGAGGUCACCGUCGGGGGCCUGGAGCCGGGGCGCAAGUACAAGAUGCACCUGUAUGGCCUGCACAGGGGGCAGCGCUGGGGCCCUGUGUCCACUGUGGGCGUGACUGCUCCAGAAUAUGAAGCCAUGACCACCCAAGCCCCGUCCACCAUGGCCCUUGAGCCUCCCAUGAAGCCACGGCUGGGGCAGCUGGCAGUGACAGACGCCACCCCCGACUCCCUGCGCCUCUCCUGGACUGUCCCCGAGGGCCAGUUUGACCACUUCCUGGUCCAGUACAAGAACGGGGAUGGGCAGCCCAAGGCGGUGAGGGUGCCAGGGAAUGAGGACCAGGUCACCAUCUCAGGCCUGGAGCCAGACCACAAGUACAAGAUGAACCUGUAUGGCUUCCACGGUGGCCAGCGCAUGGGCCCCGUCUCUGCCUUUGGGGUGACGGCUGCAGAGGAAGAGACCCCAACCUCUACUGAGGUGGAGGACACCCCCAGCCCCACAGAGCCCAGCACGGAGGCCCCAGAGUCCCCCGAGGAGCCCCUGCUGGGGGAGCUGACAGUGACAGGAUCGUCCCCAGACUCGCUGAGCCUCUCGUGGACCGUCCCCCAGGGCCACUUCGACUCCUUCACUGUCCAGUACAAGGACAGGGACGGGCGGCCCCAGGUGGUGCGUGUCGGGGGUGAGGAGAGUGAGGUCACCGUCGGGGGCCUGGAGCCGGGGCGCAAGUACAAGAUGCACCUGUAUGGCCUGCACAGGGGGCAGCGCUGGGGCCCUGUGUCCACUGUGGGCGUGACUGCUCCAGAAUAUGAAGCCAUGACCACCCAAGCCCCGUCCACCAUGGCCCUUGAGCCUCCCAUGAAGCCACGGCUGGGGCAGCUGGCAGUGACAGACGCCACCCCCGACUCCCUGCGCCUCUCCUGGACUGUCCCCGAGGGCCAGUUUGACCACUUCCUGGUCCAGUACAAGAACGGGGAUGGGCAGCCCAAGGCGGUGAGGGUGCCAGGGAAUGAGGACCAGGUCACCAUCUCAGGCCUGGAGCCAGACCACAAGUACAAGAUGAACCUGUAUGGCUUCCACGGUGGCCAGCGCAUGGGCCCCGUCUCUGCCUUUGGGGUGACGGCUGCAGAGGAAGAGACCCCAACCUCUACUGAGGUGGAGGACACCCCCAGCCCCACAGAGCCCAGCACGGAGGCCCCAGAGUCCCCCGAGGAGCCCCUGCUGGGGGAGCUGACAGUGACAGGAUCGUCCCCAGACUCGCUGAGCCUCUCGUGGACCGUCCCCCAGGGCCACUUCGACUCCUUCACUGUCCAGUACAAGGACAGGGACGGGCGGCCCCAGGUGGUGCGUGUCGGGGGUGAGGAGAGUGAGGUCACCGUCGGGGGCCUGGAGCCGGGGCGCAAGUACAAGAUGCACCUGUAUGGCCUGCACAGGGGGCAGCGCUGGGGCCCCGUGUCCACCGUGGGUGUGACUGCCUCCCAGCCCACAGAGCCCCCUGUGGCACCCCGCCUAGGGGAGCUGGCCGUGGUAGCCGUGACCUCUGACACAGUGCACCUCUCAUGGACCGUGGCCCAGGGCGUCUUCGACUCCUUCCUGGUCCAGUACAAGGAUGUGCAGGGGCGGCCCCAGGCAGUGCCUGUGGGUGGACACCUGCGUGAGAUCACCAUUCCAGGUCUGGCCCCUGGCCGGAAGUACAAGUUCCUACUCUUUGGACUCCAGGAUGAGAAGCGGCAUGGCCCUAUAGCUGCAGAUGCAAAGACCCCCCCAGACACAAAACCUCCCCGCCUGGGGGAGCUGACAGUGACAGACCUGACCCCGGACUCUGUGAGCCUCUCAUGGACAGUCCCUGAGGGUGAAUUUGACUCCUUCGUGGUCCAGUACAAGGACAGAGACGGGCAGCCCCAGGUGGCGCCUGUGGCCUCAGACCAGCGCGAGGUCACCAUCUCGGGCCUGGAGCCCAGUAGGAAAUACAAGUUCCUGCUCUAUGGGCUGGCCGGUAGGAAGCGGCUGGGCCCCAUCUCUGCUGAUGGCACCACAGCUCCCCUGCAGAAGGAGCAGCAGCGCCCGCCCCGCCUGGGGGAGCUGACAGUGACAGAUGAGACCCCAGACUCCCUGCGCCUCUCAUGGACAGUGGCCCAGGGCCUCUUUGAUUCCUUUGUGGUCCAGUACAGGGACACAGCUGGGCAGCCCCGGGCAGUGCCUGUGGCCGAAGACCAGCGGGAAGUCACCAUAGAGGGCCUGGAGCCUGGCAGGAAAUACAAGUUUCUGCUCUAUGGGAUCCACGGAGGACAGCGCCUGGGCCCCAUCUCCGUCCUGGGAGUGACAGCCCCAGAAGAGGACACGCCAGCCCCCUGGAGCCCAGCCACAGAGGCCCCCGAGCACCCUGAAGGGCCCCAGCUAAGGACACUGGCAGUGAGCGACAUAACCCCAGACUCCCUGCACCUCUCGUGGAGUGUGGCUCAGGGCCCAUUUGACUCCUUCGUGGUCCAGUAUCAGGACACGGAUGGGCAGCCCCAGGCCUUGCUCGUGGAUGGCAACCAGAACAAGGUCCUAGUGUCGGGCCUGGAGCCCAGCACCUCCUACAGGUUCUUCCUCUAUGGCCUCCAUGAAGGGAAGCGCCUGGGGCCCAUCUCAGCUGAGGGCACCACAGGGCCUGCUCCUGCCGGUCAGACCCCAGGGGAGCCAGGGCCCCGCCUGUCCCAGCUGUCGGUGACUGAUGUGACCACCAGUUCGCUGCGACUCAACUGGGAGGCCCCAUCUGGGGCCUUUGACUCCUUCCUGCUCCGCUUUGGGGUCCCAUCACCCAGCACUCUGGAGCCCCACCUGCGUCCCCUGCUGCAGAGGGAGCUGAUGGUACCAGGGACACGGCGCUCAGCGGUGCUACGGGACCUGCGUCCAGGGACCCUAUACACCCUUACGUUGUAUGGGCUGCGUGGGCCCCACAAGGCCGACAGCAUCCAGGGCACGGCCCGCACCCUUAGCCCAGUUCUGGAAAGCCCCCGUGACCUUCAAUUCAGCGAAAUCAGGGAAACUUCGGCCCUGGUCAGCUGGACGCCUCCACCAUCCAGAGUGGACAGUUUCAAAGUUUCCUACCAGCUGGCAGAUGGAGGGGAGCCACAGAGCGUGCAGGUGGAUGGCCGAGCCCGGACCCAGAAACUCAAGGGGCUGAUCCCAGGCUCUCACUACGAGGUGACGGUGGUCUCCGUCCGUGGCUUUGAGGAGAGCGAGCCACUCACAGGCUUCCUCACCACAGUUCCUGAUGGCCCCACCCAGCUUCGUGCGCUGAACUUGACGGAGGGAUCCGCUCUGCUGCACUGGCAGCCCCCCCAGACCCCUGUGGACACAUAUGACGUCCGUGUCACAGCCCCAGGGGCCCCCCCACUGCAGGGCUCAACCCCUGGCAGUGCUGUGGACUACCCUCUGGGUGGCCUUGUGCUCCACACCAACUACACGGCGACGGUACGGGGUCUUCGGGGCCCCAACUUCACCUCCCCGGCCAGCAUCACCUUCACCACAGGGUUGGAGGCCCCCCAAGACUUGGAGGCCAAGGAAGUGACCCCCCGCACGGCCCUGCUCACUUGGACUGAGCCCCAAGUCCCGCCGACUAGCUACCUGCUCAGUUUCAACACCGCUGGUGGACAGACCCAGGAGAUCCUGCUCCCAGGAGGGGUCACCUCUCACCAGCUCCUGGGCCUCUUUCCCUCCACCCCGUACAGCGUGUGGCUCCGAGCUAUGUGGGGCGAGAGCCUCACACCGCCCGUGUCCACCUCCUUCACCACCGGUGGACUCCGGAUUCCCUUCCCUCGGGACUGUGGGGAAGAGAUGCAGAACGGAGCCAGCACCUCAAGGGCCACCACCAUCUUCCUCAAUGGCAACCGCGAGCGGCCCCUGAAUGUGUUCUGUGACAUGGAGACCGACGGGGGCGGCUGGCUGGUGUUCCAGCGCCGCAUGGACGGACAGACUGACUUCUGGAGGGACUGGGAGGACUAUGCCCAUGGCUUUGGGAACAUCUCUGGGGAGUUCUGGCUGGGCAACGAGGCCCUGCACAGCCUGACAAAAGCCGGCGACUACUCCAUGCGCGUGGACCUGCGGGCUGGGGAUGAGGCCGUGUUUGCGCAGUACGACUCUUUCCGAGUAGACUCUGCUCCCGAGUACUACCGCCUCCAUCUGGAGGGCUACCAUGGCACAGCAGGGGACUCCAUGAGCUACCACAGCGGCAGUGUCUUUUCUGCCCGUGAUCGAGACCCCAACAACUUGCUCAUCUCCUGCGCCGUCUCGUACCGCGGCGCCUGGUGGUACAGGAACUGCCACUAUGCCAACCUCAACGGGCUCUAUGGGAGCACAGUGGACCACCAGGGGGUGAGCUGGUACUACUGGAAAGGCUUCGAGUUCUCUGUACCCUUCACGGAAAUGAAGCUGAGACCAAGAAGCUACCGGCCCCCAGCGGCCCGGGAAGGCUGACCACUGCUCACCUCUCCGGCGCCCCAGUAUGACUGCCGAGCACUGAGGGGUCGCGCUGAGAGAAGAGCCAGGGGCCACCUUCACUCUCCAGCCACCGGAGGGAGCCUUCUCCGUCAGCGAUCUCACAGCACCAUGUUUACAGGGGGGGAGGGAAGGGGUUUGUACGGGAGUAAUAAAAGGUGAAACUGA